AUGGGAAAAACGCAAAAAUGGGAAAAACGCAAAAAUGGGAAAAACGCAAAAAUGGGAAAAACGCAAAAAUGGGAAAAACGCAAAAAUGGGAAAAACGCAAAAAUGGGAAAAACGCAAAAAUGGGAAAAACGCAAAAAUGGGAAAAACGCAAAAAUGGGAAAAACGCAAAAAUGGGAAAAACGCAAAAAUGGGAAAAACGCAAAAAUGGGAAAAACGCAAAAAUGGGAAAAACGCAAAAAUGGGAAAAACGCAAAAAUGGGAAAAACGCAAAAAUGGGAAAAACGCAAAAAUGGGAAAAACGCAAAAAUGGGAAAAACGCAAAAAUGGAAAAACGCAAAAAUGGGAAAAACGCAAAAAUGGGAAAAACGCAAAAAUGGGAAAAACGCAAAAAUGGGAAAAACGCAAAAAUGGGAAAAAAGCAAAAAUGGGAAAAACGCAAAAAUGGGAAAAACGCAAAAGUGGGAAAAACGCAAAAGUCGGAAAAACGCAAAAAAUGGAAAAACGCAAAAACGGGAAAAACGCAAAAAUGGGAAAAACGCAAAAAUGGGAAAAACGCAAAAAUGGGAAAAACGCAAAAUAUGGGAAAAACGCAAAAUAUGGGAAAUACGCAAAAUAUGGGAAAAACGCAAAAUAUGGGAUAAACGCAAUAUAUGGGAAAAACGCAAAAUAUGGGAAAAACGAAAAUAUGGGAAAAACGAAAAUAUGGGAAAAACGAAAAUAUGGGAAAAACGAAAAUAUGUGAAAAACGAAAAUAUGGGAAAAAAGCAAACAUGGGAAAAAAGCAAACAUGGGAAUAAAGCAAACAUGGGAAUAUCGCAGAAAUGGGAAAAACGCAGACAUGGGAAAAACGCUGACAUGGGAAAAACGCAGACAUGGGAAAAACGCAGACAUGGGAAAAACGCAGACAUGGGAAAAACGCAGACAUGGGAAAAACGCAGACAUGGGAAAAACGCAGACAUGGGAAGAACGCAGACAUGGGAAAAACGCAGACAUGGGAAAAACGCAGACAUGGAAAAACGCAGACAUGGGAAAGACGCAGACAUGGGAAAGACGCAGACAUGGGAAAGACGCAGGCUUGGGAAAGACGCAGACAUGGGAAAGACGCAGACAUGGGAAAGACGCAGACAUGGGAAAAAUGCAGACAUGGGAAAAGCGCAGACAUGGGAAAAGCGCAGACAUGGGAAAAGCGCAGACAUGGGAAAAGCGCAGACAUGGGAAAAACGCAGACAUGGGAAAAACGCAGACAUGGGAAAAACGCAGACAUGGGAAAAACGCAGACAUGGGAAAAACGCAGACAUGGGAUAA